AAAGAACGAAGAGAAAGAAGGAACCAUACCUUUCAUCUAGCUCUUCAAGGAAUUUGGCAGAGAGAAGAUGUCUGCUGACUGGGGUCCGGUGAUCACGGCGGUGGUCCUCUUCAUCCUCCUCUCGCCGGGCCUCCUCUUUCAGCUGCCGGCGAAGACAAGAAUAGUGGAGUUCGGGAACAUGAGCACAAGUGGUAUCUCUGUUUUAGUUCACGGCAUCAUCUUCUUUGCUAUAUACACCAUCUUAGUAGUUGCCAUUGGUGUACAUGUGUAUGCUGGAUGAUUAAGAGAUGGUGUUUGUGUUUUUCAAGCUUUAAGGUUUUUAAUGAAGAAUUUAUGUGUUAAUUGGUUUCA